GCCUUCAAAAUUUCUCACAUCCUCCCAUACAAUACAAAUACGGACUGGAUCCGAUUCACGGAUUCAGAGCCAUCUCCAUCAGGCGGGCCGGAAUCCGAUCGCACUUGCAGAGGAAACGGCCAGCGCUCCAAUUCGCUACUUAUUCAGUGGCCAUCGAUUCUCAUUCCCCGAAGCACAUGCUGCAAUCUCCACGAGAAUUUCAUCAGCUCCGUCUCGAUUUCGAAGGACGCGCCGCACCGAAUCCAGCGAAAGCGGUUCAGUUUUCCGCCGUUCGUGGGAGGCGCAGGGAUCACGUCGCGGACGGAUGCUUGGGCGCCAUUUCCGAUCGCACCGCUGAUUGAGAAGGCGCGGGUUUUUUUUUCUUCAUUUCAGCUGUAAGCUGGUACUGAAUUCGGCGAUCGAAGGUCGGUUCUGGUGAUGUCGGUGUAAGAGCAGCUUCGAAUCGAGCCAAGCUCACAUGGCGUCCACCAGCAGAAACGAGUCCGAUGGAGACGACGAGCCGCAGGAAGAGGAGCUUGAACGGUUUGAUGAUUUUACUCUGGCUUCUUCGUGGGAGAGAUUUAUAUCCGACAUCGAGGCUGUUUGUCGACAAUGGAUGGCCAAUGGUCCAAAAAACUUGUUGAAAAAAGGUGCAGUUCACUUGGGUCCGUCUACGAACUUGUAUAAAGUGAAGUCAGAGCUGAAGUAUGCAAUGAAAAGCUAUUGCAUGGAGUACCACUUCGAAACCAACAGUGAUGGAAAAAUAGCAGACUGGGAUUGCUCUCUUCACGAUCUGCAACUUUGUUUUGGUGUCAAAGACUUUUUGGUCAUCGCUCCUCAAAGUGUCAGCGGUGUCAUUCUUGAUGCUCCAGAGUCUAGUAAGCUUUUGAGCGCAGUCGCAAUUGCUUUAUCAAAUUGCUCAAGUAUGUGGCCAGCCUUUGUUCCUGUGCACGAUCCUUCGAGGAAAUCAUAUAUUGGAAUCCAAAGUAUGGGAACAAUUUUCACUAGAAGAUUUGAGGCUGAUCAUAUCAGCAGUCAGGUUCCUGUGAAAUUGAUGCAUUUGGAAGGAUUGUUUGAAUUAUUUGUUUCUAAAUUUGUCUAUUCGACAUUGGACUUCUCUGCACAUUUUUUCCAAGUCCAUUUCACAAUGAAGCUAACUUACAAAACCAUUUCUCAUGAUGAUGAUGAUGCCACUCGUGGAGUGGAUGCUGAAUUUGUCGAAUCUGGAGGGAGUCCUAAAGGUGACACUCACACCAGAACACAAUGGGAUGAUGAUUGUCCUUGGAGUGAGUGGUAUUCUGCGGAAGACCCUGUGAGAGGAAUUGAAUUGGUCACCAUAUGGACCGACAAGAUGGUUGAAAGUUCCUCAGAAAUGGCAGAACUUGAGAAUGCAUCUCCUCAUGAAGCUGAAAAGUGGAUGUUAUGUCCCAAUAUUCCUUCAACAAUAAGUGAUGGAUCAAGAGCAAACGGUGUUGGAUUUGCUUCUCAGUUGUCUUUGCUGGUUGAUGCAUUGAAUAUGUCUUUUGAGGCUCAAUUUAUGGAGGACUUUGUUUCUGUGGAAAAGCCUGGUAUGGAUAAUUUGAAGUCGUCGAUGGUCAUUCCUCCUCCAUCAGUUGUUGACCGUUUGCUGAAAGAACUAUUUCAAGAUGGUGUUAAAGUUUCAGGUUUUAGAAAGAGCGAGCAUAAGAACUCACGAUUUAUAAAGGGUGCACCUAUUGAAUCACUUUUUGCUCAGUUUUGUCUAAGCUCUCUGUGGUUUGGCAAUUGUAACAUUCGUGCCAUUGCUUCAUUCUGGAUAGAAUUCGUCCGGGAAGUUCGUUGGUGUUGGGAAGAGUCACAGCCAUUGCCUCGAAUGCCUGGUAGUGGUUCAAUCGACUUAUCGACAUGUUUAAUAAACCAGAAAUUACAAAUGCUUGCAAUAUGCAUUGAAAAGAAGCAACAACUGAAUGAAGAGUAUCAUGAUUGUAUCGGAAGUGAAGAUGGUCAUUCAGUAAUCAUGGAAAAUGAUCAAGUUGUGGAAGACUCAUGGAAAACACCGGACCCUGGCGAACACUUUGAUGAAAAAUGCGACAGUCCUUCAACACCAUCCAAUUUUCACAAUUCUGUAAUUAGUGGGCCAACAUAUGGUACUAAGCCAGAUGAUUUCACACCUUCUUCUGAUUCUAAAUCUUCCGAUUAUAUGAGGAGGGGUUCUGCUGGUGUGGUGGGUCCAAUGAUGCUUCUGAAGUCACAUCAAAGCAUGCAUGCCCCGUUCACGCAGGAGGCACCGCUUAUGACAGAAGAUAUGCAUGAAGAACGAGUGCAAGCUGUCGAUGCUUUUGGUGAUUCCUUUAGUUUUUCUGCUCAGUUGGAGAAAGAGAUCUUAUUUUCAGACAUGUCGGCAUUCAAAGCAGCAAAUCCAGAAGCUCUUUUUGAAGAUUUUAUCCGAUGGCAUUCACCGGGAGAUUGGGAGACAGAUGAUACUCUAAAGAGUGAACCAUCCUCAGGUUUUGCUUCUGUGGGUUCAAAAGAUGAUUGGCCUCCUCAAGGACGGCUUUCACAGAGAAUGUCUGAACAUGGAAAUCUGUGGCGGAAGAUUUGGAAUGAUGCUCCCGCUUUGCCAGCUUCUGAACAGAAAUCUCUCCUUGAUCCAAACAGAGAAGGAGAGAAGAUCAUCCAUUACCUGGAGACAAUACGGCCCCACCAGCUGCUUGAGCAAAUGGUCUGCACCUCCUUCAGGGCAGCAGCUGAUACAUUAACCCAAACUAGUUUUGGAGGUUUGAAGCAGAUGCUGACCAAAACAGAUCAACUGUACCGUACCAUGGCAUCUAUGCUGAAACCUUUGCAGGCCAAUCGCUUGUCCGCUGGUAGUGAGGCAAUCGAAGAUCUAAGGCGUUUAAGCAUUGUUUUUGGACAUGUUGAGAAGUUACUAACUAUAGCUGCGUCGCUUCAUCGGAAGUUUCUGCAAGCACCAUCCAUGUCAGAGGCUAUUUUUGCCAGCUAUUAUGAAUUUUAUUCAAAAAGAAUGGGGACAGGUUCAGUAGAAGAAAAUGGAGAUAUGGAGUUCAGUAUGAAGCUUCAGGUGAGAAAUCAUGAGAGGCCGAUCGUAUCAAGUAUGUUUGUUCCACCAACUGUCAAUCAAUCAUGGAGAAAAGUUCUAAGCAUGGGCAAUCUUCUCAAUGGCCAUGAACCGAUCGUCAGGGAGAUAAUAUUCUCCAAGCGUGAUCGAGUGAGCGGCAAUCACUACGCAAGCCACACUCCUAGAGGUUACAGCAAAGAAAUAGAAACAUAUCGAAUGUACAUAAGUGGAACCUCAAAUGAUCUUCGUGUAGCGCUUUCUGUCGCCUCAUGUGAUUAGUCUUUUCUCCAUGGGGGCCGCUCUAUAUUCUCCAUUUAUUUAUCUGGCUGUAUCCUUACUGUCAUUUAUCCACCCAUGGGAUGAACUUACUCGACCAUUGUCAUUUCACAUUCAUUUAGAUAGGACACAAUUAAUCA